AUGGGAUCUAUAAUAAGUAAAGGAGCAAAUGGGUUUGGAAGUGUUAUUGGAAAUGCUUUUUCGGCUCCGUUCAAGACUUUGUUGUUCUUCUACCUAUUGUUCAAACUGGGUAUCUGCCAAUGCAUAGGAAGAAGCCUUUGCAAGAUGUGUUGGGUAACUUGCGAAGCGUGGUGGUUGGCUCUAGCAGAUAUCACCUGUUACUUGUGGCACAAGCUAAUAAGCACCAAGAGGGUUUAUCGUGGAAGGCGGCGAUUCCGAGAUGUUGAGCUUGGAAUUGGGUACAGCCCAAGUGAUGAAAGUGAUCGUUCAUGUAACAAUAACAGCCAUGUUGGUAGAAAGAGAAAAUCGUUGAGAGAGAGAAGAAAUGAGUGUUCAAGGAGAGGCCAUGGACAUGGUGUUCACCACCUUGCAAGAAAGAAAGGAAGGCCUUGGAGAUUGAGGAAAGCCAGCAAUCGACAUGGGAAUGUUCAGAUUUUCAAGAGACAGCGGUUUCAAUGA